AUGUCUACUGGUAUACAUGACAGAUAUGAAAGUCCCCUAACUUCAAGAUAUGCAUCUCCAGAAAUGGCUGCACUUUUUUCGCCAGCAAAUCGAUUUUAUAUCUGGAGACAAUUGUGGCUGAAUUUAGCAAAAGCCGAAAAAGAAUUAGGAAUUAAAGGUGUAACUGAUGAAGCUAUUGAAGAAAUGGAGGCUCAUUUGACAUUAACAAAUGAAGACUUUGAAACAGCAAAAAUUGAAGAAAAAAGGCGCCGUCAUGAUGUAAUGGCACAUGUGUAUGCGUUUGGUCAAGCAGCUCCAAAAGCUGCUGGUAUCAUUCACUUGGGUGCUACAAGUUGUUACGUGACGGACAAUGGUGAUUUAAUAAUUCUUCGUAAGGGUCUUGACUUAUUAUUGGAUAAAUUGGCUAGGGUCAUCCAUCAACUUAGCAGAUUUGCUCAUGAAUAUAAAAGUUUACCAACUUUGGGAUUUACUCAUUUUCAACCGGCUCAAUUAACUACCGUUGGAAAACGAGCCACACUUUGGAUUCAGGAGUUGUUAUGGGAUUUGAGAAAUAUAACAAGGGCUAGAAAUGAUAUUGGAUUUCGUGGUGUUAAAGGUACAACCGGUACUCAGGCUUCAUUUUUAUCUUUGUUCGAUGGUGAUCAUGAUAAAGUGGAGGCUCUAGACGCACGUGUCUGCGAACUUUUUGGGUUUAAAAUACUUUAUCCCGUAACGGGUCAAACGUACUCUCGUAAAGUUGACAUUGAUAUUUUAAAUCCUUUAAGCUCUUUUGGUGCUACAGCACACAAAAUUGCAACGGAUCUUCGAUUAUUAGCUAAUCUUAAAGAAAUUGAAGAACCAUUUGAAAAAGAUCAAAUUGGUAGCAGCGCAAUGGCAUAUAAAAGAAAUCCCAUGAGAUGUGAAAGGGUUUGUAGUUUAAGUAGGCAUUUAAUGGUUUUGGCACAAGACGCUUUAAUGACUAAUAGUGUGCAAUGGCUUGAAAGAACUUUAGAUGAUAGGUUUGUUUCAUUUUUAACAACUGACAUAGUCCUAUCCUUGCUUCAGAACAUUUCUGAAGGUUUGGUAGUGUAUCCACAAGUGAUUCAACACCACAUAUCACAAGAACUUCCAUUCAUGGCCACUGAAAAUAUAAUCAUGGCAGUUACUAAAAAGGGAGGCGACAGGCAAGAAUGCCAUGAGAAUAUUCGAGUUUUAAGCCACCUAGCGGCUAAAGCUGUUAAAGAAGGAAAGGAGAAUGAUUUAAUCGAGAGGAUUAAAAAAACCGAAUAUUUUAAGUGUAUUCAUGAUGAGAUUGAUUCUUUAUUAGACCCAUCUACAUUUAUAGGCAGAGCACCACAGCAAGUCGAUAAAUUUAUAAAGGAACAUGUCAACCCUGCUUUAGAGCCUUAUUCAGAAAUAUUAAAACAAGAUAAACAU